CUGAUAAAGUAUGUUCCUCCCAUUUUGGGCUUUGGGUGCGCGCCGUUUCCACUCCAUGAAAGUAUAAAAAGACACUCUGAAAACCCGUUCUCUUUCUGUUCUUCUGCGCUGUUGCGAACAAACAGUAAUGCUCCCUCCGUCUCUUCUUGAACUAAACAGUGGUGAACCGGAGAUCCAAACCUUGUCAAAUCUAUGGGUCAGUGCUAAUGCGGCAUUCGAUUCGUGCGAUUUUGGUGGUGCCUUGUCUGACUUGGAUGCUGCGGUUGCCGAGGUUGAGCAGAACGUGUUAGCUAUCGUUUUGCUGAAACGUGCAGUUGCCCACAGCUGUCAGGGUAAUACCCAAGCAGCGAUCCAGGAUGCAUACAAGGUUAUAAAGCUGGCGCCGCGUCUUCCUGAAGGGUAUCUCUGCGCUGGUAGUCUGCUAAAAUCCGCUAAAAGAUAUGGGGAGGCGAUCGAGAUCUACUGGAACGGCAUUCAGGCUACUGAAUCCUUUGGAGACACGAACGACUGUGCCUCCAGAAAAAACAAUGAAGGACAUCAGCGCAUAGUACGGGCCAAGCAUAUUAUUGAAGAAAGCAUCAAUCGGAUCAAUGACCAACCCUUGAAGAAGCUACCACUGGAGCUGGCCCACCAUAUCUUUUUCGAUCUGCUUUCGUUUGAGGACCGACUGCAAAGUAUGUAUACGUGCCGCUGGUGGAGAGCAUUUCUGGUGGAGGAGCUACCGCGGAUAUCUCUCCGUUUGGUACUGGGUAGUAUGCCAAAGCAAGCAAUGGUACAACUUGUCGCAGGCUAUAGUAGCCGUCAUCUCAAUGAAGAACUUGGAUUCAAGAAUCGACAUGCUGUGUCGAUCCUUCCGAACACUUCCGCCGUAUCAUUUAAAAACGCGCUUAUGCUGUUGAAUGAUUUCUCUGUUCGCAUCAAACAUCUUGCUGGAUGGAAGUGAAGCUGUCAAGGAAUCACUUGGACGCGUUCUGCGACAGAACAAAACUACUCUGAAGAGGUUGACUCUCUGCACCUUUAAGGAUGUUCCCACUACAGUGGAUGCACUUGACAACUGCCCGAAUCUAUCGCACCUUAUCAUUUCCGGUCACCACAAUCUUUUGGCCGAGGACUACAUACCAAGCACCACGUUUUCUGGAAGAAAAAUCAAGUUCACUGAUUGGGAAAAUACCUGUCGAUAUGCCAUCCUAACCAGGCAAGGCCGAACGGACAACACACGGCAAACUGAUACUGGGCUUGGAAUGACUG